UAGUACCACCAUGCUCACCUGUGGCACACAGGAAAGAGCUAAAGGGUUUCUUCUGACCAUUGCUACAGCAGCAUUUUGUUGCAGAGAUGCUCCAGGGAACCCAGAAGUCCUGGGAAACUCUUGAAGUUCUCUCCUGGGAAGCUCUUCAAGAUGCUCACAGGCUCCCUGAGCCAGAGAACCAGGACGCCACCCAGAGUGUUCCCGAGGAGUGUAGAGGGAGCAGGCAGCAGAAGGGCAACAUGGCGACCAAGUAACUCUUCCAUGGCUAAGGGUGGUGAACCUUUAUGCUCUGACAAAUGUGCACCAACGAAAGCACUGAGGGAGUGAGAGCCCCUGGAGCAGCCAGGUGUCUCACACCAUCCUCAACUGGGUAAUGCCUCCAGAAAAUAAACCAACGGCAUCCUACCAGGGAGCACAGGGACAGUUGCCUGGCGUUAACAUUUAAUGAAGUUUGUGGAAUUCAAAAAGCUGCUGCUUUUACGAGCCGUGUGGGAAAGGGAUGCAGGGGUCACGCUUCACCACACCAAGAAAUCCUUCUCUCAGUUUCUCAUGGAAGCCAUGUGUUAAAGAUAGUGGGACCACAAAACAGAAGGAAACUUGGUCCCUGAAUCAUGUCUUGGAGGACAGCUUUGUGCCUGUUAAGAACUGUCCUUCUGGAUUUUCUGUAACAUCACCUUCAAUAUUCUAAACCAAUGAGAAUAUUCUUACUAUCCUCCUCAGCACCCUGGUGUCAUUCCAAGAAGUCACCGAGAUACAUCCUAACAUCCAGAGGACCAAUCCUGCUUCACAGUCAAUCGCAGCCAAAAUUCUAGCUCCCUAGAAGACAAAAGACCUCAUAAUUCCUACCAGAAGCUGGUGGCUUCCUAAACGAACCAUGUUGCUCCUGGUGGUGUUGCCAUUGCUAACAUUAAAAGCGUAUUUUAUGCAGAAGGUGAUCUUAUGAUGGAGUGACAUAGACACUCACGAGAGGUGCUGUGCUUGGAAGGGUCUCAGGCUGGUCUAGGGAGCAGAAGCUCAAGUGGGAAAGCUUAAGUUUCAACAAGAUUGCUUGGAAAGUUAUGCCAAGACGUUUGGACUUUAUUCUGUGGAGCGAACUGGAGUUUUCAAAGAGCCGUGCAAUACCUAACCAAGAAGAUUGUGGUCUCCAUAGAUGACAGGCUAGGGCAGCAUGAAGCUCUCCCGGCCUCAGUUUACUCAUUUAUAGUUUGCCUGAAGACUCUGCCACCCUAGGUUGUAAACUUAAGGCAAGAAUACUUAUUUAAGCUUUUAAAGGGGGAAGGGCCCAGGUUUGACCGUGGAGGAAGGAUUGGACAGGUUGCUGGGGAAAGUGAGUGAUCCAUUCAACCAGAGAGAUGUCAGCUUAUUUAUAGGAAUUACUUGAAGUCAGAGUCAUGGUGGAUGUAGGAAAGUGGCCAAUCUUCACUCUGCUCUCACCUCAAGAAAUUGCAUCUAUUCGGAAAGCAUGUGUCUUUGGCACCUCAGCCAAUGAAGCACUGUACGUUACUGACAAUGAUGAGGUCUUUGUAUUUGGACUGAACUAUAGUAACUGUCUAGGAACUGGAGAUAACCAGAGUACACUUGUACCCAAAAAGCUGGAAGCCUUAUGUGGAAAGAAGAUUAAAAGCCUUAGUUAUGGGAGUGGACCACAUGUUCUUCUCAGCACUGAAGAUGGAGUUGUUUAUGCCUGGGGCCACAAUGGAUAUAGCCAGCUUGGGAAUGGGACGACCAACCAAGGCAUUGCUCCCAUCCAAGUCUGUACCAAUCUCUUGAUCAAGCAAGUGGUUGAAGUAGCUUGUGGCUCACAUCAUUCAAUGGCUCUGGCAGCUGAUGGAGAGGUAUUUGCUUGGGGGUAUAACAACUGUGGCCAGGUCGGAUCAGGAUCUACAACAAAUCAACCAACCCCUCGAAAAGUUACAAACUGUUUACAUAUUAAGAGGGUGGUUGGCAUUGCCUGUGGUCAGACCUCAUCUAUGGCUGUUCUGGACAAUGGGGAGGUGUAUGGCUGGGGUUACAAUGGCAAUGGUCAGCUAGGCUUGGGAAACAAUGGUAAUCAGCUGACCCCUGUGAGAGUGGCAGCUUUGCACAGCGUGUGUGUGAACCAGAUUGUCUGCGGCUAUGCACACACUCUAGCACUAACAGAUGAGGGCUUGCUCUAUGCCUGGGGAGCUAACACGUAUGGGCAGCUGGGAACUGGCAAUAAAAAUAACCUGCUAAGCCCAGCACACAUCAUGGUGGAGAAAGAAAGGGUAGUAGAGAUUGCGGCCUGCCACUCGGCCCACACGUCGGCUGCCAAGACCCAGGGCGGGCACGUGUACAUGUGGGGCCAGUGCCGGGGCCAGUCCGUGAUCCUGCCUCACCUCACGCACUUCUCCUGCACCGACGACGUGUUCGCCUGCUUCGCCACUCCUGCUGUCUCUUGGCGCCUCCUGUCUGUAGAGCAUGAAGACUUUUUAACAGUUGCUGAAUCACUGAAGAAAGAAUUUGAUAGUCCAGAAACUGCUGAUCUGAAGUUUCGAAUUGAUGGGAAAUAUAUCCAUGUCCAUAAAGCUGUUUUGAAAAUCAGGUGUGAGCACUUUCGAUCCAUGUUCCAGUCUUACUGGAAUGAGGAUAUGAAGGAGGUGAUAGAAAUAGACCAGUUUUCUUACCCAGUGUAUCGUGCCUUUCUCCAGUACCUCUACACAGAUACAGUGGACCUGCCACCUGAAGAUGCUAUAGGUCUUUUGGACUUGGCCACGUCUUACUGUGAAAACCGGCUGAAAAAGCUCUGUCAGCACAUUAUCAAGCGUGGAAUUACGGUGGAGAAUGCCUUUUCAUUAUUCUCUGCUGCAGUCAGAUACGAUGCAGAGGAUUUAGAAGAAUUCUGCUUUAAGUUUUGCAUCAAUCAUUUGACAGAAGUUACACAGACUGCAGCAUUUUGGCAAAUGGAUGGCCCUCUGCUAAAGGAAUUCAUUGCUAAAGCCAGUAAAUGUGGAGCCUUUAAGAACUGAAGCCCCAGGCUGCUGGGUUUUGUGAAUGCUCUGGGGCACUGGCCAUGGUGGCUGCUUUGUGCUCUGCGGGUGAUGUAAUUUUGCAGGUAAAAAACCCGUCAGCUUGUUUGUUUUUCACAUCUUGAGACACCAUUCUCCGUGUAGGAAUGUAUGAAGGAUGUACAGCUUUUCCUGAACCCGUUCUAAACAAGUCUUGUUUCCAGAUAUGUGCAUUUUAAAUGUGACCUUAAUUUGGCUGGAACAUUGUAAAGGGGUGAAAGUUUAGCUGGUCGUUUGUGUUUUGUUUUGUUUUGUUUUUGAUUAGAGGAACUGCUGAACUUGGAAAGGAGAAGUUUGCGGUAAUUCUCCUGGCUCACAUAGUAACAACCCUUUUGAUCCCAGGAACUGGGAUGGUUUGUGGAUUGUGAGAUAGACAUAAGAGGCCCCACCUUGAAUUAAAGAUGCUGACUUUGGGGCUUGUUGAAAUGCUGCAUCAGUUGCUAGUUCACUAGCCGUACUGUGAAGGAGUAGUUAAGGUAGUUUGAGGUUUUUGUGUGUGUUUGUACUACUGAGGACCUUUUUUAACUUCAUCGUGUAUCAAAAAACAAUAUUCAGUUUAAUAUGAGUUAAACCUAUUACCAUGAUGAUUAUGCAAAGAUAAACUUGUAGGCUAGCCAAGGUUUCUCUUAAGAAUUAAGUCCAUAAAGAGUAGUAAUUUAGGACUACCUGUAAAAAGUUGAUAUCGAAAGAAACUUUGGAUAGAGGUCAAUAUUUUAUAGAGUAUCCACUACUAUCCAACAGUGUUUUGUUUUAUUAAGAUACAGUCUAAGAGCUGAAGUUUAAAUUUGAUUGCCCACCGUUUCCCCCAUAAACGCUAAUCAUGAGAAGAAAGUAAUGGCAUAUUCAGCAUACUCUUGCCUUCCUAAAUUAUGGCUGCUAGAUGAUCAGAUCCACUACAUCUGACUCACAAGGUGUUCUUAAAACCAGCUUUCUGGCAGGACUUCAUAGAAUUUCUCUCUUUUAUCUAUAGGCCAAGUGUCACACCUUUGCUUGUUUGCAACUUCAGCUUUCGUUUUUUAUUUCCUCGUCUUUUGAUUGUGUUAGGUAUAAUAUUUAGCACAAUAUAACUUUGAAAAAGGAUCAAAAUUACGAUUUCCCUGAAAAGAUCUUUUUAAAUAGGAUCCUUUUAAGUUCAAGUUUUUUGGGUUUUUUUGUUUGUUUGUUUCUUUUUUGGUCUGGUUAUGAACAUGACUUUUGGAGGAAGAGUGUUCGUUCAACUCUGAGUUUUAUCGUGUGUGUCUGUUGAGCUUGCUGUAAGAACAAAGCUUUGUUCUCUCUGGCUCACAGACUCAUUUCCAUUUGUGGGCAUUCCCUUAGUGAACGGUUUCCUGUUUGGAAGGUCCCUCAUCUGAACUUGGAGCCCAAAUACAUUUUCAGAGUCAAAUUAACAAGAGAGUGAAGAUAUGCUGCAGCUACUAUUUUUAGCAGUGUUUCUAAGUGUGUCUGAGGGUUUGGAUGGGAGUGAGGGUCCAAAGAUAGGAAUUCAUUGAUAAGUGAGAUAAAUUCAAACCUAGAAGUCCCAGCUCCCUUUUCCUGACCAUGUUGUAAGUGAUUGAAGCCCAGUCAGUUAUUAAUUAGGAUUAGUUCUGCAACAUGAUAGAAUUUUUCUUACUAGGUUGAUGAAUGCACAUUAAUUUGAUUAUUAGCUAUGAUGGGUGGUGUUCAUAACAAUCACUGUUCUAUAGGCUUAUGAUCUGGACAAAACAAGACCUGCGGUAUGUUUACUAUUGCUCUUACUUGAAAAAACCUUAAAGCACAAAUUAAAGUAGUAGAUCCAUUUCCAUAGAUUGUUCAUUCAUUCAACAAAUAUUUACUGAGGUUCCUUAUACAGGUAAAGAACCACUUCUCAGAUUACCGAGUAAUUUGUAUGAGUGUGUAUGUAGUGAAGAAAAUGGAAAUAUGUUCUUUGAAAAGUACUUGAGUAUCUUUUUUUUUUUUUAAUACACUCUUAUUUUUCUACUUGGUUUCAUUGUUAAUCAUAGCAGGAAAUGAAAACUGUUCUUUGAGUUGUUUUUUUCAUCUGAUGUGAUAAUGAAAGCCAAAGUAUUCAUAUUUCUUAAGAUAACCCUAACUGUACUCUUGAACUUCUUACUGGAAUAAUAUUUGAUACUCUAGUAUAUAGGCUGUAUUUAUGUAAUGUUUAGAAUGACAUAUUAAUAAAUAAUCUGUCAAGACAUA